AUGGCCACACCCACUGUCGAAUCAACACCACCACCACCAACGACAACACAGCAUGUCGGGACCGACAAUAGUGUUAGCGAUGGCACCGAAACGGCAAAGAACGACGAUGGACCGGUAUAUCCUCAUGGAAUCAAGCUUGCCCUCAUCAUGGGCUCUUCAUACCUGAGCAUGUUUUUGGUUGCCCUUGACCGACUCAUUGUCACAACCGCAAUUCCAAAGAUCACAGAUGACUUCAAGUCGGUGACAAAUGUCGGUUGGUAUGGCUCCGCCUACCUUUUGACCAACUGCGCAUUCCAGCUGUUCUUCGGCAAGCUCUACUCGCUCUACAGCGUCAAGGUCGUUUUUCUCGUCAGCAUUCUGCUGUUCGAGAUUGGAUCUGCCCUUUGCGGCGCUGCGCCAAAUUCGAUUGCCUUCAUCGUGGGACGUGCCAUCGCGGGCUCGGGUAGUGCGGGUAUUUUCUCGGGUUCGAUAUCUAUCCUGGUAUACUCGGUUCCGCUUCACCGUCGGCCAUUCUACCAAGGUCUUUUCGGCGCUGUGUUCGGACUUGCGAAUGUGAUUUCCCCUCUGUUGGGCGGCGCUUUCACUGACAGUGCUGCAACCUGGAGGUGGUGUUUCUACAUCAACCUACCACUUGGAGCGUUCUCGAUACUCUGCAUCUACUUCCUAUUCCACGUCGGAGAGCAAAAGACAAUGGAUCUUUCAACCAAGCAGAAGCUCACCAAGCUUGAUAGUCCUGGUGUUGUUACCCUGCUCGGUGGCAUAAUCAGCUUGCUACUUGCUCUCGAAUGGGGAGGCACGCAGUAUGCCUGGAACAAUGGCCGCAUCAUUGCACUACUCGUGGUGGCCAUCAUCCUGUUGAUUUGCUUCGCAAUCAUCCAGGUCAAGUGGCCAGAGUCCGCCACUGUCGCACCUCGUGUUUUCACGCAGCGCAGUAUUUUGACGGCAUCCCUUUCCAUGUUCACCACCGGUGCUGUCAUGAUGACCACUUUCUACUACCUCCCCAUCUGGUUCCAAGCUAUCCAAGGAGCCAGCGCCGUGCAGUCCGGUAUCCGACUUCUCCCGUUGGUGAUUGCGCAGGCCAUUGGCUCGCUUGCAGGCGGUGUUGCAAUCCAGAAGCUCGGAUACUACACGCCUGUCAUGUUGCUCAGCAUCGUGUUGAUGACGGUUGGGUCUGGUCUCCUCACGACACUUCAACCCGACACAUCAGAGGGCAAAUGGAUUGGCUACCAGAUCCCAUUCGGUGCCGGGCUGGGAAUAACCAUGCAAGCCCCUCUCCUUGCUGCGCAAACCGUGCUAGGAAAGGCCGACGUCCCAAUUGGGACUUCACUCAUGUUUUUCACACAACUGCUGGGCGGUUCCAUCUUUGUGAGUAUUGGACAGAAUCUGUUCAACAACUACUUUGUCAAGUACCUUCAGGGUGUACCUGGCAUCGACAGUGGCACGAUCCUAAAGCAGGGAGCGACGUCCAUUACAAACAUAUCCGAGCCAGCCAAGGAUAUUGUCGUGUCGGCCUACAAUGACGCUUUGCGAAAAGUCUUCAUUACCGGCUUGGUCAUGUCGGCUCUGACAUUCCUAGCUGCUGCUGGGUUGGAGUGGAAGAGUGUCAAGAAGCCGGCUCCCAAGACAGAUGUCGAAGCCAAAUCUGCAGAGACAGUACAGAAUGGGACUGGGACAAUCACUUCUGAGAAAGGCAACGACGCUUGA